GACCACACUGAUUACACCGAUAGAAGGAAAAGAAGUAGUUUCCCAUUUGUAAAUCAACCAGUCGUCAUUCAAGAAGCAGGGAGUAGUUCGUUCGUUCAAGACUAUAGGAGCUGAAAUGAAUUUGUGAAAUAUUUUUUUGAAGUGAAAGGCGUAAAAGAUGAAGGGGCUGACUCUUCCAAAAACACCACUAACUUCAAGUAGCAGCAGCAGCGCAAAGCCUCCAUUACUGCCUUUGGUUCCAUGUUUUGCUGGGAUUUCUAGAAAAGCCAUUUCAUAUUCAUUAAGAUGCAGAGAGAUCUCAAAAUUGAACAGAGGCGACACAUUUAGAGCACAAGCAUCCAAUGUUACUAUAGGAUCUGGGGGCUAUGAAGGUGAGGAGGAACAGGACAACAAGAAAAGUUUUGGCGGUGGUCCACCUGGUGACAACUUACCUGAAAUUAUAAAACCACCCAGCAAAAUUCCUUAUCCUCUAUCUAUAGCUAUCGUGCUACUUGGAUGUGCUUUGGUAUUUUCACUUAUUGCUUUUGUGAGAGGUGGACCUUCAUCAAUUUUAGCAGCAAUCGCAAAGUCAGGAUUAGCUGCUGCAUUCACAUUAAUAUUUGUUUCUGAAAUCGGGGACAAGACAUUUUUUAUUGCUGCACUCUUGGCCAUGCAAUAUGAGAAAGGACUGGUUCUUCUGGGGUCAAUGGGUGCUCUUUCACUUAUGACAAUCUUGUCAGUUGUAAUUGGACGAAUCUUUCAUUCAGUACCUGCUCAGUUCCAAACAACCCUGCCAAUUGGAGAAUAUGCAGCAGUAACACUUCUCAUGUUCUUCGGGCUAAAAUCAAUAAAAGAUGCAUGGGAUCUUCCAACAAAUGAUGUUAAGACUGGCGACGAAAGCAGUCCAGAACUUGAUGAAUACUCGGAAGCUGAGAAGCUUGUGAAGGUCUCAAAAUUGCUCACAAAUCCAUUUGAGAUUGUGUGGAAGUCAUUCAGCCUUGUAUUCUUUGCGGAAUGGGGAGAUCGCUCGAUGCUUGCAACAAUUGCUCUUGGAGCUGCGCAGUCUCCAUGGGGCGUGGCAACAGGAGCCAUUGCUGGACACCUGGUUGCAACAUCCAUUGCGAUUCUAGGAGGAGCCUUUCUUGCAAACUACAUUUCAGAAAAGCUGGUUGGCUACUUGGGUGGAGUGCUGUUUCUUGUUUUUGCUGUUGCCACUUUUUUUGGCUUCUUCUAAUGAGUUCAUUGGAAUCAAGAGAAACAGUUUUCAGGCAGCCAUACUGCCUGCGGAUGUUGGACAGCAUUAGUUUCUAGGGAAAAGAUAGCUGACGAAAAGGAGCAAAAUAUGUGCCACGCAGCUCUAUGACAGAGAUUCAUACCAAGACCCCAACUUAGGUCAAGUGUAAUUCAUGUUGUAAUACUUGAGAAUUCAGUUGAAACUUGGAAGGGCGAAUCUGUGUAUUUUUCACUGGAUGCAGAAUUAAAUCCUCUCUCAUGAGUAAGAAACUGACACUUUCGCUAGUA